AUGGCUUCCAAGACUCUUAUUCUCAUCUGCCUGAUGGCCUUAAUUGGACAGCUGUGGGCUAUUCCAGUACCAGACGAUGAAAAUGAUGAUGGUAAGUCUUUAUUUUAUGAAUCUAUCUUGUAGCUAGUUAAUUGGGACGAGUUGUUUGUGGUGCUGAUAGCGUAUUUCAGUGCUUCCCAAAUUAACAGGGUAUUUAUAUGACCGUUAGAUGACUACUUUAUGACUAACGAGACAUAAAGACUUAACGAGUAUAAUCUUUUUUAAGUUUCCAGAAAUGAAGAUUGUCUAUUUUUACACACGUAAAAAGUUUCAUCUCUUUGAUAGCUUUUUUAAAUAUAAAAUUUCUUACACCGUUUACGAAUCUCAGUAUUUAAUACUGCCAAAGUGCAUUUGUGUAAACGCAUUUGUUUUUAGGUUAGCAAAAAGUUUUAGAAUUAUACGAUAAAAAUUCUAGAAAUAGUUGGAUUUCCAGUGACAUACAGUGUCAAAGUUUGGUACUGUGUAACAUAAUGUGACACUUCUUACAAAUUUGCCUCGUCCUAUAAAAAACCGCAACUAGAAGGUACUGAAAGAGCGGCAUCUUUUCUCUCUGUCUUUUUUCCCCUUGAUUUUGACCAAAGCGAUGAUCAAGUUUCUCUCGUACGUGUUUUUGUAAUAUGAUGCCUUUAAUCAUUGCUAGUUAGUGAAGUCCAAUCAAUUCCCCCAACAGAAUAAUUAUAUGAAGUUAAAUUUUUAGGAAACUUGGAAAAUGGUAUUAAAAGUAAAAAGACACAAAUCAGGCUACUUGCUCCUCUCCCAAUAAUUGAACGUAAGAACAAUCUGUCUGAGGUCAGUUGUGAUCACCUCUGCUUUAAGUUCGUCCGAUCAAUUGAAAUGCCGAUCGAUUCUUGUAGUAACGAACUGAUAAGUAAAGAAAAUGGUGGACUUUAGAUACUAAAAGGUGUUUAAGGGUUAGAAGUUCUCACCUUAUCAUUUAGAUAUGCCUUUCCGAAGCUUCUUUGUCUCGAUUUUUACUUGCCCCACAAGUGGUCUAUAUAGAAGUUAAUUUUAAAAUACUAUAAUUAAUUAAUCAAUUAUACAAAAAAACUAAUAGCAAAAGAUUGAAUAACAGUACUUAGUCACAAACUGUUAUUUACGUGACAACACCAACAUUACACAUCUUCUCUGAGUUUACUUGCAACUUUGUUCAAUUUUAUCAACAGAUGAAGAAAAUGACAACGAGGGAGAAGACGGUGAUGAUGACGGAGAUGAUGAUGGCGAUGAUGAUGAUGAUCCCACUACCAUGCCGGCUAACAUGACGACUACCAUGCCGGUGAACAUAACCACCCCUGCAAAUGUCACGACUACAAUGCCGGUCAACAUGACCACCCCUGCAAAUGUCACGACUACUACAAUGCCGGUAAACAUGACCACCCCUGCAAAUGUCACGACUACUACAAUGCCGGUAAACAUGACCACCCCUGCAAAUGUCACGACUACUACAAUGCCGGUCAACAUGACCACCCCUGCAAAUGUCACGACUACUACAAUGCCGGUCAACAUGACCACCCCUGCAAAUGUCACGACUACUACAAUGCCGGUAAACAUGACCACCCCCGCAGAUGUCACAACACCAACAUCAACACCGACACCCACAGUUGCUGCUGAGGAACCUGAUGGCGGCGAUGACGAUGAUGAUGAUGAUGAUGAUGAUGAAGAUAGUGAUAGUGAUGAAGAUAGUGAUAGUGAUGAGGACGACUAA